AGGAUAUACCGAGUGCGCCUAUGCAGGUACUCGCGGCAUGGUGCAUGGACCUCGUGGGCGACGGGUUAAAAGAUGGGGAUGCCUCGUGCGCAUAGUGCAGUGGUUGUAUCGCACUCGCUGCCUUCGCAAAGAUGAUGCUUCAGAAUUGGGCCCAGUUCGCACUUACGGUGGGCGUUGCGCUUGCCAAGCCUCCCAUUUCGAAACAGUAUGCCACGGGUAACUUCGAAGCGAAAUGCGCGUCCAUCGCGUCGAAGCUCGAUGUAGAGAAUGCGACGGUCUAUUUCUCCCAGUUUGUCGCCGCUGGCCAGAACUUGAGCAUCCCGGACAGGAACGUAACAUGUGGUCCCCCGUACCAAGCUGUGUCUGCAGACUUGUGCCGCAUUGCGUUGUACGUCGCUACGUCGAAGAGCUCAGGGAUCAACAUGGAAGCUUGGUUGCCUUCAAACUUCAGCGGUCGCUUCCUCUCGACCGGCAAUGGCGGACUUGCAGGCUGCAUUGGAUACGAUGACAUGGCCUAUACCACGAGCUUGGGCUUCGCCAGCGUUGGUGCGAACAAUGGCCACAAUGGAACAAGCGGAGGAGCCUUCUACAACCAGCCGGAAGUAGUAGCAGACUUCGCGUACCGCUCAAUCCAUACCAAUGUCUUGGUGGGCAAGGAAAUCACGAAGAAAUUCUACGGUUCACCACAUACCAAGUCCUACUACCUUGGAUGCUCGACAGGUGGACGACAAGGCUUCAAAUCGGCUCAGGACUUUCCCGAGGACUUUGAUGGAAUCGUCGCAGGAGCACCAGCUCUCGCUUUCAACAACCUUACCUCGUGGAGUGGACAUUUCUACAACGUCACUGGUCCGCCAGGCUCUGAGACCUUUGUACCGACCGCCAUGUGGUUGACUACCAUCCACGAAGACAUCAUGAAGCAGUGCGAUUUGAUUGACGGCUACGCGGAUGGAAUCAUCGAAGACGCCUCCACCUGCAAGUACAACGCGUCUAGCCUCCUCUGCGGCGGCAGCAACACGGACUCGUCAUCUUGCUUGACAGCUACCCAGGUCGAGACCGUCCAGAAGGUAUUUUCUCCUCUGACACUCUCAGACGGCUCCCUGGUCUACCCGCGCAUGCAGCCCGGCUCCGAGGGUGUUGCCGCAUUUGCAGUCUACGGUGGUGCACCAUUCAUCUACAACGUCGACUUCUUCCGCUACGCAAUCUACAACGACCCCAACUGGAACCCCCUCACAAUCAACGAAACCGAUUACAUCAACGCCGCGAUCAAGAACCCCUCCAACAUCGACACAUUCAAGGGCGACCUGAGCGCAGUCCAAGCCCGCGGCGCUAAGAUCCUGCACUACCACGGCCAGAUGGACGGCAUCAUCACGUCUGAAAAUUCGCCCCGCUACUACGAGCACGUGUCCAAAACGAUGGGCAAGACACCCGCCGAGCUCGAUGACUUCUACCGCUUCUUCCGCAUUUCUGGCACUGGGCACUGUCAGGGUGGAGACGGCGCAUCGGUCAUUGGCCAAGCCCUUCAGUCCUUCCAGAGCACGGAUCCCGCCGAGAACGUGUUGAUGGCUGUGGUCGACUGGGUCGAAAAUGGGAAUGCGCCAGAGACUAUUGUGGGAACGCACUGGGUCAAUGGAACGCAGAGCGCUGGAGUGGAUUAUAAGAGGGCGCACUGCAAGUAUCCCAAGAGGAAUGUGUACAAAGGCAAGGGAGAUCCAAAGGCGGUUGAGAGCUGGGAGUGUGUGGAGGAACGAUCCACUAAGACUGACCCAUGUUGA